AUGACCAUGGACAGCUCCCCACAAGUGUCGGAAUGGUCUGUAAUGAUUGACCGUGACCUCAAGGUCCUCAACGCCAUCAGGAGUGUUUUUCCAGACACAAAGGUUCUACUUUGCUGGUUCCAUGUACUCCAGGCAAACAAGAGAAUUGACCAGCUUCUAUGCUUGCUAUGUGUAGAUAUCCAGAAGUAUUACAGUUACAUGGAUGAACUUUUGGUGGCAGGUCGACUGAAAGUGAGCUCUUCUCCUGCUGCUGAAGCAGCUGCAGCAAUGUCCAAAAAGGGUCUUGCUGCAAACAUUGAUGAAAAGUUUCAGAAUGUGUACUUGUGUAAACACAUCAUUUUGUCUAGGGCAGAGGCACAGAGGAGAGGGCUAGACAUUGAAAGCAUGCGAAAUGCAGAAGCUGAAAAAAUGAUCCAAAAUCAAAUGUACAACAUAAAGAUGACCAUUUUCCACACUGAUGGAAGCAUUAGCGUUGUCAGUCAGAAAAUGCCAUUUUUAUGCACAUGCAUAGCAAAUAGUCACAGUGAACAGUGCAUCUGCAUCCAUGUUGCCAAUAUUCUUCGGCCACGAAAGCCAUCUGAACUACCCUCAGACUCUCAAAAUGAGGCACAUGAGUCACAAGUGCUUGGUGCAGCUCAGAGACCCCUAAUGCAAGACAUGUUGUCAGACUUAUUGCAAUGGAGCUCUUUAGAGUCUUUUAGGCCUAGCCAAGAAGUAUUUGAUGCUGUACAAGCACACAAACUGGCUUUUAGCAAAUUCAGUGGUGUGUGCAGGCAAAAGAAAAUCGUGCCAUUGCACCCGUAUCGGAAAGCAAUUCUUGGGUUGCAGUUACGUCAGAAUCCAUCACGGGAGCGCGCAAAUUUGAAAUGUGUGUUCUUGACGGAGAAAGAGAUCCGGGGGCUGGAGGCCAAGGCCUUGAAGAAGAGGUGGGAGAACCUCGUGGCAAAAUACAAGGAGCUUAAGAAGCCCCCACGACCAGAAGUGGCAGUGGCCUCACCCCCUCCUGUGGAGGAAGCCACUGCUGCUGGCUCCUCCACUUCCCCCAGUCAAUCUACCCCAAAAAGGCAGAGGCUAGACAGAAUGGGGGAUAUAUUACAGGCGAUAAGAGAGCAGGAGGAGUUGCUCGAGCAGCUACAUAAGGACCAGGAGGCCAGGGAUGCCAGGGAGGAUGCCAGAUAUAGGACGUCCACCUCCAGGUCUUUCAGAAAGAUGGACCUCCACCUCACCUUCAUUAUUCCAAAGGCCCUCUCCACCACUACACGGGCCUUCGACAGACAGCUGUUUAAGUUUGCCUGGAAACCGGGUUGA